ACAUACUGACACCUACGAGAUUGCAUAUCUGUCCCCAGCUCGCAGCAGUCUAAUAUGCAAUCAUCUUUCUUGAUGGAAAGGUAUAUGGCGUGGCAUCUUGGCUUAUCGGAAUGCUCGAGAGUGAUAAUGGGGGUGCACUUCCGGCUGAAUAUAUCGUAUUUGAAAUCGGUACAAGGGACUGUCUUUCCGCUGGCCGAGCUGAAUAUUCGAAGCCUCUUUCGCGCGUCGUGCGCCUUGCUACGACCUGCUAUCCCAUAACGACUUUUUCCGCCGCCGCCGAUAUGACUUCCGCCGUUGAAUAUCUGGUGAAUUCUGAUGCAUCGAUUAAUGACAAACUCGCUGCGUUACGACUCGACGAGAUCGUGACAAUGAAUAUUAUUGGAACUACCACGUAUGCUCGGACUCGUGGAAAUAACUGGUUCAGGCUAUUGUUCUUCAAUAUAGGGGUUUACACCUGGUACUUACGGGUGACAUGGGGUUACGUGUUUUGUUCUUGGAUAAUCGGCGAGCUUCCUAUUUGUGAUUGGGCUUUGACAGUCGUCAUCUCACUACUCACCUCGAUUGUGCUCCUCGUAGCUCUUAUCUUCUGCCAACUCGUGAACAUCCCUCCGGUAAGGGGAAUCUACAGUUGGAUUUCCAAUCGGUGCUUCAAUGGCCUAGGUCUUAUCAACGCCUGUAGGUUUGCCUUGUGACGCAGUGUUCAAUGAUGGUGGUUUCAACGUGGCUUCGAAGUCUAUCCAGGUCUCUUCACCGCACUCACCGGCGAGCAAAUCGAAUAUG